CGGGACCAUAGAGCUGGGGCAUCACAAUGCCACAAAGUUCAUGUUUUUCGCACUUCUUUUCUUUCUUACCAUCUUUCUUUAACGAUCUAAGAUCGGAAGACAAGCAGAGGCUCUGCAACAAAUGUACGGGCCAAUCGCAUAUUAGAGUCCAAGCAACGACAAUGCACCUCGUGGUUGACGACAGGGCACAGAUCCCUGUGCGUCGCCCUUUUUUUGUGCGCUCUCAUCAGUCCGCCGACACAGUUCGGGCCUGAAUACAACAAGUGUCCAGUGUUUGUUUGUUACUAGGAACUUUCAAGGGAUGAAGAAGAUGUGGUGUGGCAGGGCAACCUCUGUUUUAGUAUUACUGGUGAGUGGCUUAGCCUCACCUGAUUUCUCUCUCUCUCCCUCUCCCUCGGUCCAGUUUUUGCCCUUCCACUUGAGCCAUCCAUCACAUGAUGGGCACAAUAUAGGAUUAGCUCACGCGAUCAAACAGUUUGGGCUUGUUUUCCUUUCGGAUCAUGUUUGUACACAUCCCCCGUUCAAGCUAGGGAGAGAAGCAGACACAGCCAGUCAGGUUUGUGCCGGAGGAAGCCGGGGCCUCCGGGGGGUGGUUGCCACACACAUUCCAGGCCCGAGAACGCCGCUCUUUGUGCACAAACAACAGUUGUCUACGGUACUCGGCCUUCACCCCUCCGCAGGGGUUCGAAGCAUGACAAAGCAUGCUCGGCGCUUCUUUGUCGGGUUUUGGUGUAGUUCAGCCAGGCCUGCCUGCCAUCGCGUCACCGCCCGGUUCCCGGCUCACGAUGGUCCGGUCGAGGGGAGGGGGGCGUGUGGGAAGACUUACACGGCGCAGGGCUAGUUACGAUGAAAGUCUGGAAUGAAGCAAGAUCGUGUCGAAGCAACGCACCAUUCCUCAACGGGCCCAAGGGUACCUGCAUGAGCGAGACUUGUCUACAAAUGUCUUGGAUACCCCCUCUAACCCCCCCCUUCCUCUGCAUUUCUUCUGUUGCUGUGGCAGGCUGAGUGGAUUUGUUGACUU